UCUUCAAAAGCAAGGAUGGCCAAGCUCAUUCUGCUUACUGGUCUGGUCCUCCUGCUGAACACCCAGAUAGACUCUGUGCCUCUGAGAGAGCUUUUAGCUCAGAUUCGUACUACGGACAGACCUACAACCACCACUACAACCACCACUACAACCACCACUACAGCCACCACUACAACCCCUUACAGCUCAACCAUUAUUAUCUGUGACACACAUGGACCUACAAGUCCAGGCACAGUGUUUGUGACUGAUGGCAGUGACUUCUGUGCUGGCAAGGAAAAUGGUGCCUAUGCAGAUCCAACCAACCAGAGAAACUUCUACAUCUGCCAUGCUGGUAAAUCCCACCUGAACAGCUGCCAGGAGGGCCUUGUCUUUGACUCCAGCUGCUCCUGCUGCAAAUCACCAUGAAGAUUCCAAUGCUGUUCCUGAACACAGACCCCUCUGAUCUAAAUCAAUAGCAUAAAAUGAUUAAAUAAAUCUCCUG